AGAUUCCAUGUUUUAAAUAGUUCGGCAGGUGGAUAACAUUAACCCUGUUAAAUCCUCCAACUGUAGAAUGAUCUGAAUUCUUUUGGAGACAAAAGUAAAAUCAUCAUCGUUCUCAAUUUGAGGCUACAAACAUCGUCAUCAUCCGUCCAAACUGACACAAACAGACGCAGUGUGUGUCGCCCCUCCCUCAGUGACCCCCAAACCUCCGUCACAGAGUCCCACUGUUCGGUUCUCAUCCAAACAUGCAGCAAAAACACUCUUUGGUUGACAGGAUGGCUGCAGCGUCACGUCCAUCACCUCUGGCCUUCGUCACCUUCAUCUUCAUCCUGUCAGGUGGGCCGCUGAUGUCUGUGUCCUGUUUUAAAGUGACAGAAGGGGGCGUGGCCUCUCUGUCCUGUCAGUACUCCGUGAAGCGAUUCGGUCUGAGUCGGGUCUGUUGGGGUCGAGGCUGCGGGACCUUCUGGUGCAACAACAUCCUGGUGCAGACAGACGAGAACGGCGCCAUCUCCAAGGUGGACGGCAGAUAUCAGCUGACAGGGGACAUCCUGGAUGGACAGAUGGACCUGGAUAUCCUGAAUGUGCGGAGGACGGACAGCGGGCCGUACUGCUGCAGGGUCAACGUUGACGGCCUGUUUAACGACAAGAAGAUGAUCAUGAACCUCAGGGUGGUCAAAGCUCCAUCCACCAAUCCUCCUCAAACAACCACAACCACGGUGAUGACAACCAGCAGAGUCACAGAGGCGAGGGCCACUGAGGUCUCCACGGAGCUGACCACCACAGUAAACUGGAAAACCCUGCUGUCGUCCCAGCUGGACCUGCUGAGGAGGAACUCCACGUUGCUGCGCUCUGACGCCAUCGCUGUGGAGGAUCCUCUACCGUCCCUGUCUCUUCAGAUCAAUGCUCCUGUCCUCUCGCUCUCCCUCAGCGUUUUGCUGCUCGUUGCUGCAGUUUUCCUCUUCCUGGCCUUCAAACGUAGGAUCUACAGAGGCGGUUUAAAGACAGGAUGUUUGUCUUCAGACGAACCUCCUCACAUCAUCUACGAGAUCCGCAUGAGGAGACCAGUGCAGGAGAACAUCUACACUCUGGACUAGAACAUUUAUGGCACAGAAACAAACAGCCUCUUCACAAAGACAGAACUAUAAAAACGUCCGGAUCCAGCCUGGGAUUUUAUGUUUUACUUCUAAUGAGUCUGACUCUUUAACUGUGGCUUAAAGCAAAAUUUGUCCAUAUGGGGGUAAAAGGAUGAUUUUGUUUUGAAAAAGUCUGUUUUCUUGGGUUGUAUAGAUGUACAAUAGAAAACAUUGAAGAUAGGAGUGUAUAAUCAGGACUCAAACAGAAUCAUUCACACGGACCAGACAUGCUGAAUAAGAGCUGCAGUUUGCAGUUAACAUGUUUUCAAUUUUUGUGUUUUAAAUGUUUUGUUCCUUCAGUAUGAUUUUACUGUUGGUAGAAAAGAGAAGCAAGUUUCCUAUGCUGUGUUUGCUGAUUUCCGAUAAAGCUCUGUGUUUGUUUCAGCGUGUGAGACUGAGGCUGGAAGGAUUAUUCAUAAAGUUUUAACCCCCCAUGGACUUGUAGCUGCAUUUCCAUUGACCAUAAAGUUGUACAAAUUGCAGUUACAAAAAUAAACUGGCUUAAUGGAAACGCAGCAGUUUUGAAAAACUAAUGUUUUUUGAUAAAAACGUUUUUACUCUAGGAUGAGGUGGUUUUUGGCUGUAUUGAAAUUGAUGUUUGGUAAAAUUACAAUGGAAACACUUUUUUCACAUCACAGAGUCACAAAAGUUGGAAAUCCAUAAUCGCUGACACCAAUUUCCCAAAAAUGCAGCAUACGCAGCUACUUCAGGCGCAGAUGCUGAGCUCUUCAGUGAUCUUUCACUGCGGUUUUAAGUAGUAUCACUCCAUACUUCGGUUAAACAAUAAAAAUACUGAUGUGACCCAAAAUGGCCACCUACCUAAAUCUAUGCACAUCGGUGAGUGAGCAUGUGGGUUUCCGUAGUGUAGUGGUUAUCACGUUCGCCUAACACGCGAAAGGUCCCCGGUUCGAAACCGGGCGGAAACAUUGUUUUCCUUUUAGUUCAACAUUUACUAAAUGUAAAGGAUUUACCACCUUUCCUAUUCACCAUUUUGUCAGAGUACUUCCAAACUAAGUGCAGCUCUUGUCUCUUAUUUGACAGUAGCUUGAUCAAAACAUAGGAAAUCAAGCAAAUUCAUGCAUCAACGCGUUUUGGUUCCGAUCCCAAUAAGUGAGUAACAAGAAGUUACUGUUUGAAUCAAAAAGGCAGAAUCGGUUUCUCAAGAAGACAAGCAAAGAAAAAAAAAGAAAGAAAAUGUUUCCGCCCAGUUUUGAGCAGAAGGCCUUUCAUAUGAAACCACCAUGCUACAGAAACGUU